AUGGCGCUGUUCGUCCUUCGAUCAACAUCCGCAAAUUCUGUAUUCUGCCGCACUGGCCCAUCGUUUCUUCCACUUUUACGAUCUCUCAAAGUGCAUAAUGUCUUUUCUACGUCGGCAGACUUGAGUGACGUACAAUCUCCGGGACAUGAAGAAAAGAGAGAUCUGAGAACAGUUGACACAAGUAUCCGGAGACUACACGUUGGAAAUCUUCUGAAGGGUAAAGAUUACACUACUGAGGAUACAGUUUUUAAAUAUUUCUCGCAGUAUGGUGAGAUUGAGAAACUGCAAUACUUUCGCCACAAGCUUACUAAUUUCCCUCGAGGGUUCGCCUUUGUGACGUUCCGCGAUGCCAAAAGUGCUCAGAAAGUUCUUGCAAGAGCAGACUCCCACAUUAUCGAUGGUCAUAACGUCACGAUAGACAUUCCAUUGAAAAUGGCGAAGCCAGCUGAACGUCAAAAGAAAGAAUUGACUGUGCUUGUGAACAAGAUAUCAAAGAACGUUUGCAGAAAGGAGAUUGAAGAUCACUUUUCUCAAUUUGGAGAAGUCAAUAAAGUGUUCUUAGCUCACAAGGAUCCAAAAGAUGAAAAUGUUUGCAGCUACUACGUGAUGUUUAGGUCAUUAUCUGCAGUGAAGAAAGCACUUGAGCAACCAACCCAAAAGAUCGCAUACCAAGACAUUGAUGCCCAAGUUAUGGAGUUCCCACGUAAAACCAAGGAAUUCUCAGGAAAAACCAAAUGUAUCUCCAUAACGUCAGUUCCUGAUGAUUUAACUGUGGAGAACUUAAGAGAUUACUUUGAAAAGUUUGGCAUUGUUGAGUGUGUUGACUUCAUUGUACAUGGUGGCAAUGCGUCUUACAGUUUUGACAAAGAUGCCAAUGUGGCUUUUGUUCGUUUUCCACAUGAAGACAUAGUUGAUGGCAUUUUAGAAAACAAGUUUCAUAUCAUUAAUGGAUCAGAGGUCAAAGUAUCAAGAUAUCAUGAUCCAAGCAAUCUUGCAUCAGCAAGGCUCCGAGAGCUGAAACUGUCUGUUGAGGGUCUCCCAUUGGCAACGCGGCCUACGGCUGUGCAAGAGUACUUUGAAAAAACUUUUGGAGUUGUUCCAAAUGGAGUAUUCUUGAACCAGCAUCGAGUGUUAGUUGAUAGAAAGUUGAUUUGUAUUGUCAGAUUUUCUGAUAAAAGGGAGGUAGAGAGAGUUUUGAAAGAACAAAGGGGAACCUUUCAUGGACAUCCUUUGUAUUUUCGAAGGCUUGUAUGGAAGAAAGAGUCAGAUGAGAUGACUGCACAUCAAUAAAAAAAAAUUCCUACUAUUAAAAACCAGCUCUAAAAUCUGUUGUUUGAGCCCUGUUAUUAUUAUUAUUAUUAUUAUUAUUAUUAUUAUUACUAUUGUUAUUGUUGUUGUUUUUAAUUGAAAUGAGUUUUUUUUAACUGAAAUGAAUUUUUUUUAUUGCUAUAUUAUUAUUAUUAUUAUUAUUAUUAUUAUUAUUAUUAUUAUUAUUAUUGUUAUUAUUACUAUUUAUUUAUUUUGGUAAAAUUGCAGGUGCUGAAACGGGAGGGGAUUACCAACUUUAAGUUUAAGUGUUUUUGCAUUCGACCCAGCAAUUUUUCCUAACUAAUCCAACAAUGUCAACUGUUUCGUUAUUUAAUGGUAAUUGUUAUGUCGAGACGAUUAUUUUCUUUACAUUUAUAUCAUAAAUGAGUGAAACACAACAGUUUUACCCAAACUGACAAAGUUAGAGUUGCCUAGCAAACCUGACAUAUACAGCGGAACUGCAAAGUCCUCGAAGUCCUCGGUAUAACGAACGAUGUUUUUUGCCCCAGUAGUAGUAAAAUAUAUGAAAAAGAGCCUCGAUUUAAUGAAACCUCGUUAUAGCGAACAGAUUUUGCCAGUCCCUAGGCCCUUCGUUAUAUCGAGGUUCCAUUGUAAUAAGUUUCGUGUAUGUGAAUUAAUUAAGCUUCUUCAAUCUUGUCUAAUCGAAUAGCGGUCACAUAAACAGACUGAAAAGCAAAUUACGGCAAAUAUACCUGUUCAGCUACCUUCAUGAAUUUUGCAUAGAACUAUGAAAAAGGAAGAUUUAAAAAACAAUGAAGAAAGCAUCAAAGUGUCAGGCGAAGGAAAGAAACGUAACGCUCUGAAAGGUAAUAAUAUAAUCAUAACGUUUCACUUCGUGGCGUCUAAAGUGGUAACUUAAAUAUUUCAUAUAACCAGCCAUUGACGAAAACACAUCUUAUCAAUGGAACAAACCAGUAAUUAGCUUGUCAGCAGCCGAUGAAAGUAGAAUUUGAUAUCUUUCCUGUAUUAUUAUUUUUGUGACCACUAAUUCCUCCCGUAGAAGAACCUCGAAUUAAAAAAAAGAAACAAAAAGAGAGCGAGAGAAAAUAUUGUCUAUAAGAUAUGAUGCCAAGUCCUUCCGGUUAGGGAUAUAAUAUUUUCGAAGGUUUUGUUGCCAAAGGAUUUCGUAUCAGUGAUAGCGAGAGCGAAACCUGUUGCUCUAUGAAUACGUUAGCUCUCGUCAGUCAAUUCUGAACUCAGCUGCACUCCUUGGCCCAUUAUUGUUUAUGAAUAGAGCAAAUCCUUCAACGGUAAAAUUUUAAUGUGUGAAACACAUUUAACAGAUUUACAGAUAAAAAUUGGUAAUGUUUUUAUCAGCUAAAGACCAACUCGCCUUGAUUUCUUCCAAUAGGAAAAAGCGUUUUAGGCGUGUGACAAUGUGUCAAAAAUUAUAAAUAAUUUAUGCUAAUGUAUUUAGCGCCUACAGAGUUCACCUGCUAUUGUCGGAAACGAAGCUAAGAAAAUUUGUUUGUUGCUUGGCUUCGGCGGAGAAGACGAAAGGGGAAUCAGCUAACGAAACCAAAAUGCCAGCAAUUUCUCUUAUAGGCAAGAAAUUUAGCUGUGAUGCUCAAAUCGAGGUCUGUACUAAAUAUUUUCAAGGUAGCAAGUCGAAGCGAGCCUUCGCAAGGCGCCGGAGACGAUAUUCUAAUCUAUGCUUUUUCUGUGAAAUACACUAAGAGAUCCGUAAAUAUUUUGCCACAUACAUUUUAAUUUUGAAAUCUUCCUUACAGCCUGUAGACUCUGUAAAAAAGACAAAAAAAAUUUCCCUUUGCUGUUGCUUGAAAGAGGAAAAAAACGAAAUAUGUAGGAUUAGACUGGCGUUAAAGGUUCGCAAGACAGAAGAUUUACUUUUUACUUUGUACAUUUUCAUGUUAUUCAUUCAAAUGAAAUUGGCGUCAAGUAUUUCUCUCCCGUUGAGAGCUUUGUUUUGGCGGCGAAAGAGGAGGGAAUUUUUUUCUUCAGUACAUUGGCCCAAAAGGGACGAAUAUUCGUAUGCAGAGCACUAAAUAGUACCUGCCUUAUUUCAUUUAAUAUAAAAUCUCAAACUGAAUUUAGCGUCAUUUCAAUUCGAUUUGUCUUGUAAGUUAAUUGCUAAAUGCUGAAUUGAUAUGAAUAUUCAAUACGCGGUUCACUUUUGUUCAAUACUGAUUUCAUAAGUCGUCCGUUAAAUUUCGUGCUUUUUAUUUUUUAUUUUUUUGACUAACACAGCUGAGUUUUCUUAGUAGUGUCAUCUGAACGUUCAUACAAAAAAGAUAAACGUAAAUCCAUGUGUUUAUUAUUAUUAUUAUUAUUAUUAUUAUUAUUAUUAUUAUUAUCAUUGUUACUAUUAUUAUUAUUAUUAUUAUUAUUAUUAUUGUUAUUAUUAUUAUUAUUUCUUGCUUUGUACACUGGCUGAUCUCAUACCGAUUAACUUGCUAAGGAAGCUAGUCAUAACCCAUGACCAAAGGCCCCUUAGAGUUCACCUCCUUUCCCAUGUAACUCCAAAACUUUCCUUAAAAUCCUUGCUGUUUCUAGUAGCGUAGUUUUUUUAAAAAUGAAAUACUAAUUCUUUUGUGCAACUUUUCCAGCCACUUAUCCAAGGUAUUUGUCACACUUCCCAAUGAUCCUACAACAAUCGGUAUCACCUGCACAGUUCUCAUGUCCCACAUCCUUGCAGUUUCUCUUUAUUACGGGCGACAAGAGGAGCCCGCAAUCCUAAUCUCUAGGUUGUUAUUGCGCAUGCGUCUCAUGUAUUUGUUUGGACUUCCACUACGAAUGAAUGGAACGCACAUAGCGCAAUUUGAUCACGCGCGUUUGGACCUAUUGUCAAUCGUAAUCGGAUCACGCGUUUUUUGGACAAUUUGUCACGCGAAACUUACGUAAAGCACAGCAGCGAUCGACCAAAAGCGUUUUGCUUCGAUCGUUGUCGCCCGUACUUCGUAACCUUGGGUUAUUACCAGUUAUUAUAAUUAUAACUAGUUAUCAUCAUCAUCAUCAUCAUCAUCAUCAUCAUUAUUAUUAUUAUUAUUAUAUCCAGGCUGGAGACGAAACUAACGGAGAUGGGCUCCAUCUCAACUUACAAAUUCGAGAGAUGUGUAAAAAGUACCAUAAACCUCACGGACCCGCCUUGGCUACGCUAAAUGUAACCAUCAAGAAUGGUCGUCCCGCUAAGCAGUGUAAAGAGCUGUUGGGCUUUCUCAAAGACCAAGUUUUGCCGAAGACCCUGAAGCUUAUCAACUUGAAAAAAAUUAAAGACAUGAAGGAUGAAGAGAAAAACGAAUUAGGUGCCAAUUGGUUGAGCUGCAUACGGCCUGGAAAAACAAGGAAAAGGUUUGUUGCCAGUAGUUAUAGAGAUACGAAAGUGAUUUCAAGGAUCUCUCCCAUCUUUUGGCUUAUCUUUUUAGCUGGAUUUCUUAGUCAAAGAGGGUACUUGCUAGGGCGUCAUAGUACUUGCGAAUAUGCUAACGGAGACGGUACCAGGGUAUUCGAAAGAAACCGAAAGAAUUGACUAUUAUACAUUUAUUUUGCCUUGAAUUAAGGGUUUUACGUUUUAAGUAUAUUAGCAAAUGAUGUGAAAUAUUUAGCUCCAAAUACCGUGUGGCCGGGUGAAAAGUGAAUACCUCUCUCUCAUCCCNCUCAACUUACAAAUUCGAGAGAUGUGUAAAAAGUACCAUAAACCUCACGGACCCGCCUUGGCUACGCUAAAUGUAACCAUCAAGAAUGGUCGUCCCGCUAAGCAGUGUAAAGAGCUGUUGGGCUUUCUCAAAGACCAAGUUUUGCCGAAGACCCUGAAGCUUAUCAACUUGAAAAAAAUUAAAGACAUGAAGGAUGAAGAGAAAAACGAAUUAGGUGCCAAUUGGUUGAGCUGCAUACGGCCUGGAAAAACAAUGAAAAGGUUUGUUGCCAGUAGUUAUAGAGAUACGAAAGUGAUUUCAAGGAUCUCUCCCAUCUUUUGGCUUAUCUUUUUAGCUGGAUUUCUUAGUCAAAGAGGGUACUUGCUAGGGCGUCAUAGUACUUGCGAAUAUGCUAACGGAGACGGUACCAGGGUAUUCGAAAGAAACCGAAAGAAUUGACUAUUAUACAUUUAUUUUGCCUUGAAUUAAGGGUUUUGCGUUUUAAGUAUAUUAGCAAAUGAUGUGAAACAUUUAGCUCCAAAUACCGUGUGGCCGGGUGAAAAGUGAAUACCUCUCUCUCAUCCCAAGAUUCUUCUCAUAAUUGUUUUUCCAGGAAAGAAGAAACCAGGAUAAACUUAUCAAGAGGACUACAAACUUCACGAGGUAUAUACAGUUGACUCACGACAACUCGAACCCUCUAUAACUCGAACCUCCCGCUUACUCGAGCUCGAAGCAAUUUUCAUUUCCCUUCAGAUCGUUUUCUAUAUAAUUUACCCUCGAUAACUCGAACUCCCGGUAACACCAACUUUUUUCUAUUUCCCUUGAAGGUUAAAAUUAUCGGGAGUCGAGUGUAUUACCAAAUUAACAACAUGAGUUUGUUAACACCCGGAGGGUACUCCUGGCAAUUCUUGGUGUGGGCGUGCCACUCGAUUCUCCAAAUCCUGACCCUAUUUCAGACCAAAUAAUGUAAUUUUCCUCACCCGUUUUCAGACCAGCCCUCUAAAAUCCAUACCCGUUUUCAGACCUGGCCUUGAGGCAGAAAUCAUGUUAUCAUUACUUAGAAAAGCGCAAACAAAAAAAUUCCUCAAAGCCAUUUCGAAUUCGCAUAUUCACUCUUUCUUUCUGCCUCGUUUAUCUACGGAAAUCUCCUACCAGUUUUUAGCAGACUGCGAGCAGUCUCUUAUUUUUCUUUGUAUGGACAAUAUACAACUAUCUUCCGAAGGGGAGGCGCAAAAACCGUAUACCCGAUGGGGCGGCACAUACCUAUAUAGCUUAUAUAACGGAGUAUCCCCCUCCCCCAGGUUAACAAUCACUCCAUAAAAACGCACACAGUAAAGAGUAAUCGGCUCCUUGUAGAUGACAUAAAGCGAACGUAGAAAAAAGGUAUGGAACGUAUUUUAUACAUUAACCGUUGAAACGACAAAAAGACAAUGAUUUUUGUUGGUGUUGUUAUUGUUGUUUUGUUUUGUUUUUUCAACAGGGUACUGUUCUGAUACGGAAAAUAGUACACAAGAAUGUCGAGAACAGUCGAAUCUACUUGGUAUCGAGGCUCAGUCCCAGGUUUCCAAAGCGGGCAUUUUAGCCACACCUGUGCUGUCUCGUCCACAGUUCUUGCGCAAAACAAGUGCUAACGAAAAAGAAAAGAGAAAAGGUCAAGAUAAAAGCAUGCCUGUCAAGUGUUCUCUGACAAGAAAGGGCAAAGAAAAAGAAAAAAGGAAGUCUGACACUAACGAGCAAAACCCAGAUUUUGAGAGCAAUUUAAUCAGGCCUCUGCAUACAAAGAAUUGUCAAGAAAGAAGAAAGCAUGGCGUAAAUUUGGUAUCGUGCAAAAGCGAAAAGGACGAAAGCUCUUACAGGGUAGAUCCUAAAUGCGUGCAAAGUAACCAACCUGAAUGGUACUCUUCUAGUGACGUUUCGGCCAGUGACUCCUUUGUUGGUUUUUAUCUGUCAAAAAAGUCAACAGAGGAGAACGAUUCUUCCAAGGUUGGAAAUAGAGAGUGUGAAACAGCAAACAGUAAAGGCAGGACCAUAAAACAUAUUGGAUCAAUCGAAAUGGAGUGGCAAAGUUCAUCAAACUUGUCGGGAUCAGAUUCCUUUUCAAUAGAGCCAUUUGGAGCUCAUGAGGCGCGUAGUCUACAAACGUUUGCUACUACGAUUGUUGGAAAGAUAUGUGAAGUGGCAUUUUCGAGAUGCGUCAAGGAGACGGCCAAAGAUAUUGCAGUAAAAUUUGUCGCCGAAAUAGUUCUUAAGGCUAAAAACAAACUAGUGCAAAAGGAAACGGUAAAUUGGUGCUACGAAGACCUAAAUGGUAACAUGCGUCAAGAAGAAGUAAAAAGCCCGAGUUUUAGUAAGGUCUGGAAAUAUUCACGCUCAUUUCCGACUGAAAUCAGUUUUGAAUCGCUGAAAACCAAUGAUUCUCUCCUAUUAGACAAGGACUCUGACAUGUGCUCAAGAAGCAAAGAAGACGCUGAUGCAGGAUCUAAGAAUGAUUCCCAGUUUGAGGAAUUCCUGGAAAGAACGUUGUUGGACUCGCUAGAAUCAAGUUACGAAGGCGGGUCAAUGCAGAGCGGCUCCCACUCGUCAGAUGAAUUGAAUGAACUUAAGUCUCAAAACAAGGGUGGGGAUUUUAUACUAGGAAAAGGGCAUGAAUAUCAUUCCAGUGACAAUGAACUUUUUCGUCACCACUCACUUGUAAACACAGAGAAUAAUAUUCAGCGAUCUAAUGAUGUCUCAUCUGGAUUUGGAAUCCACAUGGUAACAUACGAACAAGCUCUCCAAGAACGGGAUGAAAAUCUUGCUUUGAUUAAUCAGACGCUACAGUUAGGAUCGCGGGCGUUACAUGGCAAUUCCAAAGGCAAGGAAAAUACGAACAAAACUCAAACGGACGUAAAAAUGUGUCCUGAUAGGACACCUUCUGAAGACUUUAAUGAUUUCAAUCCGAAAGAUUCUGAAGAAGAUCCGAAUGUUCCGUCUAAAAUGUUCGGUUCAGUUGUGUCUAAUAUAGAUCUAACAAAGACUGGACGCUUGAUAGCAGAUGAAAAGAGUUCUUUUAGUAAUGAACCCUCCUUUCUUCGAAGGUUUCUUUAUAAAAGGACUGUAUCUGAAUCUCAGGCAUCAGAGAGAAAGCAUUGGAGUCCCUUGGAGACCCAGGAAAGAAAUUUGCGUAGCUCACAUUCCUCUACUUUGUCUUGUAACACUAUGACAAAACAAUUUCGGUCGUCAUCUUGUCCAGUGGUAUCAGAGGUUAGUGACUUCACUAAAAAAUUAGGCUAUUCCGUGACUUCUGUUUAGAAAGUAGACACAUCUUUUCACAUUGCUUUUUAAUUCUUUGGAGUAUAAGAGCAGUAUGUUUUAACUUGUAGGAUGAUGUAUUGUUUGAGAACAUGCUAAGUGACCAUCGAGACGUUUACGAUUCCCUAUCAAGAAGGACCUGGGUAAGAGACAUUCCUCGGUAACUUCUAGCACAAAUGUAAGUCAAUCACCACCACCACAAACAGAGCUAUCAUCAUAAUCAUCAUCAUCAUCAGCAGCAGCAGCAUUAUCAUCAUCAUCAGUAUUGCCAUCGUCAUCAUCAUCAUCAUUCGUCAUCUUCAUCAUCAUCGUCACCAUCAUCAUCAUCAUCGUCAUCAUCGUCAUUAUCGUCAUCAUCAUCAUUACCAAAGUCAUCAUCCCCAUCAAAAUUAUACAGAUCUUCAACAGUAUCAUCAUCGCCCCAAUCCAUAGGCCUAAUAGGUAUUCAAGCUAAAUGAUGGUGUGAAAAUCCCUCUAAUGAUAGACUUGAACACCUUCCCUAGAUAAUCCUUCAUGUUCAUGAGCUGUGGAAUGGCGGAAAGCCAAUAGACGCUAUAAAGGCCUGCAUUAAUUUGACUGGGAUGACAAAUGUUGAACAAGAGACUUCUUUAUAUUCACAAGAAGCACGUGACUAUGCACUGUUCCUGAACAUACUUCAACAGUUACCCAGCAGUUGGUGAGAUCAAUUGAAUUAAAAUUCCCCACUCUAGAAACUCUCCUGAGGGAGAGUGGGUACAAAAGAGAAACCGCAAGUCGGUUUUGUUGGUUUUCAUGUUAGAAUUUUAAUAUAUCGAACGUGGGCUACGCUUGCCCACCCAAAUAAUCCCAGAAAUCGUUGCGCCGAAUGUUUGCGCCUACUUCCUUUUAUUUCUAAAUGGGGAAAAGUCGUUCAAGAACGUAAAUUCUUCGAAAUGAAGAAAAUCUCAUAUUUAACCUGGCUAAUUUUCAAUAUCUUCUGUUUCAAAAAUUAUAGUAGGCACUUUUAUGAGAUAUGAACGACUUGAAUGACCCUUAAUCACCUCUCUCGAACCUCUUCCCUAAUCAACCCCUCCUGCAUAGCGGUAAAUCCUUCAACAUAUAAUCUUUAAUUAAAUGGUAAGGAGAACAAGAAAGUGUUGCGUUCCUACUAUUACGGUAGAAGUUGGACCUCUUUGUAAAAAUCACAGCAAGAUUACUUGGAGAACCCUCUAGCCACGAGUUUUCUCCGUGCCUUUGGGAGGCAUUUUAGUAAAGAAAAAAUCUUUAGUUUUCGAAACCAAGGAAAAAUCCUGCUGGGUCCUAGUUACAUGUAGGAUCGGAGAUAAGAUAUAUUCCUACAGCUUAUCUAUGGGAGUGAUUCAUACAAACUGGUACUAGGUAAGGCUCCUGGAUAGAAAUAACGUACUUUCCUCUGUUUUCGUCAACAGUUCAAUGUGGUCUCUGGAUCUUUUUGUGCUAGUCCUUCCAAAGCUUAAAGGAUUCAUUUCUGCCCAACAUCAUGCCAGGUUUAAUAUAAUUUCGCUUUUAUUCAACAAGUACUACUUGUCUAUGUUUUUAUCCUGUAUUACGGUAUUUAUGGUGGAUAUAAAUAAACGGCUAGAGCUCACUACUUCAUAGAAGGCUAAACAUAAACAUAACACGCAAAACUCUAUUUCAGAGUACAGGUAAACACUAUUUGAUUGGUUCAGACUUUGUAGUUAAUGCAUAACCAAAACUUAUUUCGGGUCUACACGGCAGAAAUAUCGUGCCUAAAUUCCUCCAUAGUGUUGCGGCCGGCCAUUCAGUUGACGUGCACGUAACGAAAUAUGAGAAAAGCAGGACAACAAACUGAAACCGUGGAAGAGAGAGAGGAGGAAAGAAAAAAAACGUGCAUUUUUUUUUUCUCGAACAGGCGUUGUAUUUGGCCCUUGAUUUAAGUCAGAUUGACUGGCACUUGCGCCACGGCAAGGUUACAAAUAGGUCAAAAAGAGCCAUAUUAGCUGCAAGGAAGACUGAAAUCUUUGAUUGUAAUGAUGUAUCCUAUAAAACAAAGUGCAUUCUGGUUGAAAAAACUUUUUCGUUUUUUUUUCUGUUUUCCUGUCAGUCACGUUGAAAUGGCGAGUGGCAUUAUACAUGUUGUCUUAAAGAAAGUCGCAGUCAUCAUUCGCCGUACAUCAAAAGGUGGGUACUAUGACUUGUACAAUCUCUGUCAGGGAGUAAGGCCAGCAUACAAAGGAAAUCAGGCCUGAAUCUUGUUUCAGGAUGCGCUCUUAUAAUUAUUGAUUCAAGCAAAUGAAGCGAUUUUCGUAUGAACGUAUAAACAGAAUUACAACUGAAAACUGGCAUGAAGCAAUCUGAUUGGUUAGGUGGGCGGAAGGAAACAUUUCGGAAGCUUUUGAUGGGUUGUUCUCACAAAGUAAUAUUCUUUGGGUGCCCGUAUGAUGACUUUAUGUCUUCAAACUCAUUACGCUCAAGCCAAAGAGUAUCGAGUGAAACUACAUUCACAUAAUACAUAAAAAUGUCGUCCACAAACUCAAAAGUCAGGUCACAAGUCUUCAUAACACACUCUCAGAGUGAAAGAGUUAAAUCUAGCUGAUUUGUUAUUGUGUGUUAUGUAUUCACAGCAAACAAAAACAAAGAUAAAGAAAUGAAAGUCAAAGCCUGCACAGAUGAGCUCAAGGAAAUCAAGGACAUGACAACUGAAGUCUUACAUGUUGUUAAAUCCACAAACAGAAGCAACCCUGGAGAUCCUGGAUCUAUGAUCUCGGUUCUUAAAGAGCUCCAGUUAGCACUGGGAACAUUUUUUGAGCAGCUUUAG